UUCAUGAUUGACGGUCAAACGAGAGUUGAGAAAACUUAUGUUGACAUUGGUUUGUUUCCAUUUAUUAACCAACCUAAAAAGUUAACAUGCCAACCGAUUAUCGAAGAUUUAAUGGUCCUGAAGAUAGUAUUUCAUAUAACCGUUUUACUAAAGACUAUUUGAAGAGUUAUAAUGACUUGCACAGAGAUUUACUGGAUGAAAAUGAACUUCGAAAAGACGGUCGGUCCUUGGAUGAAGCGCGAAGCUUGCAUAUGUUCUUUGGCCGUACUGAUAUGAUAUCACAAGCGAAAGGUUCAUCAUACAUAGAACUAAAGAAAACAAAAGUUGUGUGUUCCGUAUUCGAUCCUAGAGAAAUUAUGCAUCAAAAUGAAUUUUGUGCACUUGGGCAACUGUUUUGCGAAGUUAAGUUCGCGCCAUUUUCGUGUCCCAGACAAAGACGGCCCCUUGCUCCUGACUCAGAAGAAAAAGCACUAUCAGUAGCUCUUAGAAAAGCUGUAGAACCAGCAGUAUGCCGGCAUCUAUUUCCUAAUUAUCAGAUAGACAUAUUUGUAUAUAUUUUGGAAAAUGAUGGAUCAUGCUUAGCAGCAGCAAUAACCGCAGCCGGCCUAGCUCUUGCAAAUGCUGCUGUGCCCAUGUAUGAUGUAAUCACUGCUUGUUCUGUUGCUGUUAUUGGUGACCAGAUGUUCGUAGACCCAUCAGAGGCUGAAGAAAAUCUUGCAAUAAUGAACCCGGAGAAAGAUAACAUAAAUAAUGGAGUCAUUACAAUGUCAAUGAUGCCAGAUUUAAAACAAAUUACAGAUUUCAGACAUAUCGGCUCAAUAAAUUUUGACUGUAUUAUGAAAACUAUGGAGAUAUUACAGAGAGAAUGUUUAAAGAUUCUUCCACUCAUUCAACGGAUUUUAGUUUUAAAUGUCAAGACUUGUCACGCACAACAAAAGCAGUUAGACAUGGAAGCAAAAGAACGGGAAGCAGCUCUCAAUGCAAAAAUGGAGGAUAACAAUCUAAUAAGUGUCGUCGAAAAUUUAGAAGGUUUGAGGUAUUUGGAAGAACUGCACAUCGAAAAACAAAAUUUGGAUAAUUCAGAUGCCCUGUGUUUUGAUCCAAAGACUAUGAUAUCUAUUGGGGCGUCUUUAAGAAUUUUGAACGUGUCUGAGAAUAAAAUUUCCGAAGUGACUUGGGCUAAACCUUUACGUCGAUUAGAAGUUCUAAUUGCCAAAAAUAAUAUAUUAGAAAAUGCAGAGUCCAUAGCUGAUGAUCUUUGCACGUUGGUUUGCCUUGUAGACGUCAACUUCAUUGGUAAUCCUAUGUGUAAAAAGCAUCGAUACAAAGAAAUUAUAAUCGCAAGAUGUGCACCAUUACGCAUUUUAGAUACAGUGCCAAUCCAUAGCACUUCAAGAACAUUUUUACAAAAAUUUGACAAAGUUGUAAAAUUACGGCAAUUAAAUGAGAAAAAUAAAAUAAACAUGACUCGUCAAGGCGUGGAAGAUUUUUUCGAAUUAAAUAUGUUACCUGGACCGCGAGCACAAAGCGCGUUGUCUAUAUCAGAAUUCUCUAAUCAGAAGCCAAGACUUUCAGCAAUAGAUUCAUCAUAUACAUUUAUGCCUCGAGCUUUUUGGCGCAACAAGACAUCCCCAUCCCCACGCGAUGAAGUACCACCAACGGAUCCACCUCCUUUGGCUAAGAAACCUAACAUGGAAACUGAUGGAUCUGCCAUUAAGGGAAUACUUAAAAAACCUAUGCCCAUGAAAUAUAUUUAAAAAAAAU